AUGGCUAGUCGGAGAAAGUCGCACGUUUUUCGUGUAACGGGCCUGUCGCGAGAACGGCCCGAUGGGGGUCUCGAGACCACAUUGCAAGAGACAAUCGACGACAACUUCGCGGACGACGAGAGAUCGCAUAUCAAAGCUGAAAUCACGAUCGUCCCUUCAUGCUAUGAAAGUGACACAGAGAGGGCGGCGCUGGUGCAGUUCCGCGGUGGGGUGCCUCAGUUCCUCCGUGGGCUGAGAGUCAACCCGCUUGGAGACUGGCAGAUCGAGAUGGGAGACGACGAUAUCAACUUUGACUGCCACUUCUUUGGAUUUACCCAGCUCUACGCGCCAGACGAAAAUAAGCCUGUGAUUGCCGAUAUCAUUGCGAUCACCGGACUGGAUGGACAUGCGUAUGGAUCAUGGCAAGGAAGAGGAAAUCUCGGUCGCAUGUGGCUCCGGGACUUUCUGUCAAAAGAUCUUCCGCAGUGCCGCACCAUGAUCUACGGGUACAACUCCAAGCUAUCGAGCCACGGAGUCGAUACGAUCCUCGAUUACGGGCGGGAGCUGAUGGAGGAGAUCAAGAAAGUCCGGACCACGAAGCAGCUCCAGCAGAGACCUCUAAUUUUCAUUGCACACAGUUUUGGGGGUAUCAUCCUGGCUCAUUGCCUGGUGAGGGCCAUCCAAACACUGGAAGAAGACCACCCGGCGAUCACGUCGCUGCAUCGAGCCACAUACGGCAUAAUCCUCUUCGCUAUCCCACAUAAAGGGCUAGUGAUGGACGAUAUCCAGCAAAUGUUGGGCGGCGAUGGACACCAUCCGCGAGAGACACUCCUACGCCAGAUUUCCAGCCAAUCGGAUGUCUUGAUUCAUCAACUGGCCGACUUUAAGAACCUGAUCCGAGACCGUAAGGUGGUCAGCUUCUAUGAGACAGAGCAGACGAAGCGGUUGGUAUUAGACUCGGACAGCAGACGUUGGAAACGCACUGGAGACUUUAUGACGACGGUUGACGCAGACUCGGCUCUUCUUCAGCUUCCGGACCACGUAGAAGACAAGGUGCCGCUGCAUGCAGAUCACUCAAUGAUCGUCAAAUUCGACACGCGCAACGCGGCCGGAUAUCGAACGGCGCUCGAUAACCUACGGCAGUUCUCAAAAGAGGCGCCAUCGGUGGUGGCGGCUCGGUUUAACGCCUCAAACGCCCCAACCGCGCUCCUGCAUGGAUCAGCAGUGAGGAAACGGAACAUUAUGGACGAUGAUUCAGAGACCCCUACGGCGAAAAGGGCUCGUCUUCAUGACUCUGCAAGUUCUUCAAACUCUGAAGAAAGUGACACGACCCACUACGAAGACGACAACAUUUUCGAUGAUAUCAGCCAAGAGAAAGUCUAUAAUAUCAAUGAACCUUCAGAAGAGAGCCAUAAUGGUUUCUCAGAACGUCUUAUAGCUAGGGAUGCAACAAGUGAAAUUGGCUCAUCUUUUCGUUAUGGAUCCCCUUCGUGGGAAGGUUCAUUCUCUGAAAAUGGACUCGCUGAUGAAUCUGACAUUCUGGAACCAGACGAGUUGUCUUCGUCGGAGGAAAGCAUUAGCUCAGGAUGUUAG